GUUGGCAAAGAAUUCAAUAUGGCGGUGCGCACGUUCUGUACUUCAGUCGAAAAUGCGCUCAAAGUUUUGCAGUUUCAGCUGAGGAGUCUAUCCCUCGUCUCUGGGCAAGUCUCAAGGAUGCACACAGGGAGCCCACGGACGGCUAGUUUCUCUGUUACUCGAGCUGUUUGGGGUAAAACACAAGCAGAACUGGAACAAGAAAAAGGAAUUCCUGAGCAGCCAACAAAAGAGAGAAUCUAUAAUAGCCGGAGGGAUAUCAGAUGUGGUCCUCGGAAGCUUAACCUCGUAGCUAGACAGAUACGUGGCUUAGGUAUCACUGAAGCUAUUAAACAGAUGGAAUUUUCUCCAAAGAAAGCUGCUAUAACAGUAAAAGAGGUAUUGGAAGAAACACAGAAAGCUGCGACUACAAGUCAUAAACUUGAAGAUAAGGCUAAUCUGUGGGUUGCUGAAUCCUUUGUCGGCAAAGGUAGAUAUUACAAAAAGAUCCGCAUGCAUGCCAGAGGCAGGUUUGGUAUUGAAGAGAGAAAAUACAGCCACUAUUUUGUAGUACUUCAAGAGGGACCUAAACUAGGAAAGAACAAACGAAGAAGACUCAAACACAUGACAGAACUAGAGGAAAUACGAAGACACCCAAGAUACAUCAAGAAUUCUCUGUCCUGGUGGUAGCUGUGCUCUUUCAUGGUCAAGUACAGUAUAGGUAGAGGGUAGGCAUUCAAAUGCUAUGCAAGCAGAUAAUUAUUCUACCAAAGUUUUUCUUUCUUUCUUUUUUGUUUUUUGUUUUUGUUUUUUUGUUGUUGUUUUUAUGUUGUUGUUUUUUUGUUGCUGUUUUUUUUUUUUUUUUUUUUUUUUUGCUUAAGUAAACAAAGCCCCAUUUUAAAGAAAAUUGUGGCUUUCAAAUACAACCGAAUUGUGCCCGAGAUCAGACAACUAAUUCAAAACUACUUGUUUUCGAAGGUUUGCACAAAUGUAUAGACAAUAUGAAUAUCUAUGUUCUUAUUGUUUUGAUUGAUUGCUAAGCUGCUUUGAAAAAUCCUGAUAAGGGAGAUUCCCUCUGGCCAACGUCUGGUUUCUGGUGUAUUCUGGCACUCGUCCCACUUACUCCACAAAGUUAGCUUGAUAAGGCGUGCUCAUCCUAACAAUUAAAUAUUUGGAACAGACUCUAUCGCGGCAUACUUCCUUUGAUAACUUCACUGUGGUAUUGAAGGAAAAAAAUGUCAAAUGUUCUGACUUUGCCUGAAUUAUUUAAUAGAACGAUAUUUUUUUAGCCCUAAAAUCGCGAGUCACAUUGUUUAUUGUAUGAUCUGACUGUUUGUUUGUUUUGUUUUGUUUUKCUUUGCUUUGUUUUGUUUUGUUUUGUUUUGUUUGUUUUUUAUUUGAAAAGAAAUGAUCUUUUGUUUUUUCUUUCUGUACAUGCGCAGUCAAGUAUUCUUACCUAUAGCGAUAUUUUCCAGUUCUAUUAAACCCUAAAACAACCCUU